AUGUUUCGAUAUGAAACACUUCAUGCUGGAUGUAACCGGAUCUCAGAAGCGGCUUCGUGGAUGAAAAAUUUCGGAUUGGUUUAUGGUGCUGAAAAACUCAUAGCAAUUGCUGAUCCUUUUAAAGAAAUCCGAUACUUAUUGGCUGGUCAUACUGAUAGAAUAAGUUGUAUUGAAGAGCUGACUACUGAAAAAACAUUGAUUAUUUCGGGAUCAUCGGACAAGACGGUUCGCGUAUGGGAAAAGAAUGAUGAAAAUGAUGCCUUUGAUAAUAUUCAAACGAUAAAUUUGGAUGCUACGCCGGAAAGCCUCACCGUUAAUGGCGAUUUAAUUAUAGCUGGUUGUUCAAACAGCAAGUGCGUGGUUUUUGAAUGGAAAGGAGCAGGGGAGAUGUUGAAAGAAGUAUCCCGAUUCGAAACUGGAGAAUUGAUUCCAAUGGACUUGAAAUUGAUAAAAUUUAAGGAUGGAAUUGUUUUAGUUGUUGGUGGCUCUAACAAACGAAUAAACGUUUAUGGCAGUGACAACGUAUAUAUUUACUUUGAAUUAAAGGCUGUUUUAACAGGUCAUCUUGACUGGGUGCGAUGUCUGUCUGUUCGACAAACUUCUGAAUCAAUGGCUACGUUGAUCUCGGGCAGUCAAGAUCGUUAUAUGCGACUUUGGAAAAUUUCGCUUUGGGAGGAAAAAGAUGAAGCCACUUCUGAUGAAUUUUCUGAAACUCUGUUAUCCAACAAGCCCAUUCGGUUCAAGCUUAAUGGAGUGGAGUAUAAGAUCGUUUUUGAUGCUCUCUUAAUGGGUCAUGAAGAUUGGAUCAUGAAUGUACAAUGGCAUCCUAGCAAGGAAAUUAUUUUAUCUUCAUCUGCUGAUUCUUCGUUAAUUGUAUGGGAGCCGGAUACAGCUACCGGCAUUUGGGUACCAAACGGGCGCAUGGGUGAAAUCGCAUCUUCUCACGGUUCAACGACAGCAACAGGCAGUGCAGGUGGGUUUUGGGGAGGUUUUUGGAGUCCUGAUGGUGAUGCGGUCGCCUGUUGGGGAAGAACAGGAGGCUGGAGAUUAUGGAAAAAAUCUGGAGAAGAUUGGGAACAGCUUCCUUCUGUAUCUGGACACACCAAACCAGUAAAAGGUAUAGCUUGGGAUCCUCAGGGUCAAUUCUUCUUUACAGCGAGUUUGGACCAAACUACUCGUCUGUAUGCUCGUUAUGAAAAGGAUAACACAUGGCGAGAGAUGGCUCGACCACAAAUCCAUGGUUAUGAUUUAGCCUCCGUUCAAUGCUUGCCCUCACGGAUUGGUUUUAUUAGUUGUGCUGACGAAAAAGUUACGCGUGUAUUUGAAUUCCCGAAAACGAUUGCUAGAUUGCUAAAGCGUCUUUGUGGUGCUCAAUUAUUUGAAGAGAAGCUUCCAGAAGCCGCGAAUGUUCCUCUCUUGGGCCUUUCUAAUAAAGCAACAACUGCUACUGAGACAGGCACAAUAAAUGCUGACGAAGUUCAAACUCCAUUGAUUGAAGUUAUUGACUCUUUGCAACAUCCCCCCUUUGAAGAACAUUUGCAACGUUUACUGUUGUUCCCAGAAGUUGAGAAGGUUUAUGGCCAUGGUUACGAAGUUUAUGCGUGCGAUGUUUCACAUAAAGGUGAUUACAUGGCAACUUCUUGCAAAUCCCAAUCUCCUGAACAUGCCAUGAUUCGUUUAUAUGAUACUAAUGUUUGGAAACAGCAGCAGAUGCUUUCUGGUCAUUCAUUAACUGUAACAACUAUAAAGUUUUCAUACGAUGAUAAAUAUUUGUUGACAGCAGGACGUGAUCGACUGGUUUGCAUUCAUGAAUAUUCUGAGGCAGAAUCGAAGUUUUUGCCUUAUGUAGUUAUUAAAGCACAUUCUCGUAUAAUAUGGGAUGCUGCUUGGGCGCCAAAGGAGAUGGGUUACGUGUUUGCUACAGCUUCAAGAGAUAAAAUGGUCAAAUUUUGGCAAGUUUUGGAUGACAAAAAAGUCAAAGAUGUGGUAUGUUUACAAUUUGCAGAUGCUGUAACUGCAUUGGAUAUUGCCCCAUUCUUUCAUGAUGAUCAUCUUUUAUUGGCAGUAGGUACAGAGUCAGGAAAAACAUACGUUUGGAAGUGUCCUAAAGAUGAUCUAACGAAAUGGACUCCUUUAAGACUGCCGGAUGCGAUGUCUCCUAAGGAACCAGUGAACAAAAUUGCUUGGAGACCAGUAUAUGACAAAGAAGGAGAGUACUCUUUGCUAUUAGCUGGCGAAGACACAUCGAUUAGGAUGCUUCUGGUCCAGCUCAACUAA